AUGCCACCAAGUUCAUUAAAUUGGGACCAAUUAGAAUACGAACUCACACCAUGGAUCAAAGACGCCAUCAGCUCUUUAGGUUUUGAAUCCAUGACCCCAGUACAAGCUUCAACAAUCCCAUUAUUUUCACAAAAUAAAGAUGUUAUCGUAGAAGCUGUGACAGGAUCUGGUAAAACUUUAGCAUUUGUUAUACCAAUAAUUGAAAGAAUCAUGAAGUUAGACCCUGUUUUGAUACAGAAAAGACAUUUUAAUGCUGUUAUUGUCUCUCCAACUAGAGAAUUAUCAUUACAAAUUGAAAAAGUUUUACAAAGUGUAUUAAAAUUUAAUCCAAAGGAACAAGGAAUAAGGACCCAGGUUCUUGUUGGUGGUAUAAAUAGUAUUGAUGAAGAUCUUAGAACUUUCCAAAAGACAAAUCCACAAAUUAUCGUUGCUACACCGGGGAGAUUAUCAGAAUUUUUAAAAUUUUCUAAUAUUGUUCAUACAAAAAAUUGUGAAGUUUUAGUCUUGGAUGAAGCUGAUAAAUUAUUAGAUUUAAAUUUUGAAAAAGAAAUGAAUAAUAUUUUCCAUUCAUUACCAAAACAGAAAAGAGUUGGGUUAUUUAGUGCAACUAUCUUAAAUGCAAGUUCUGAAUUUCAUAAAACUGGUAUGAGAAAUCCUGUCAAGAUUGUUGUUAAUUCUAAAAAUCAUAAACCUAAAACAUUAAAAUUAAAUUAUCAUAUCUUAAAACCAGAAAAUAAAAUUAAUGAUCUUUUUGCAUAUUUAGAUACGUUCCAUUUUAGGAAAUCAAUUAUAUAUUUCCCAACAUGUUUAUCAGUUGAUUAUUUUUAUUCUUUAUUUAAACAAUUAACAAAAGAUAACAAUUUAAAUGAUUUAAAAUUUUAUUCAUUACAUGGGAAAUUGAAAACAAAUUCACGUAUUAAAACUUUAGAAAAAUUUGAUUCAAAUAAUGAUUCUAAAUCUAUUUUAAUGACUACAGAUGUUGCAGCAAGAGGUAUUGAUAUUGAAAAUGUUGAUUUAGUUAUUCAAUUAGAUCCACCAACUGAUCCUGAUGUUUUUUUACAUAGAUGUGGUAGAACAGGUAGGGCAAAUAAUGUUGGUCAAGCCAUUGUUUUUUUAAAUGAAGGACGUGAAGAAGAUUAUAUUGAUUUUUUACAAGUUAGACAAAUUGAAGUUUAUGAUUUAGAAUUUAAUCCAAGGCAAAUAAUUAAACAAGAACAAAUAACUAAAUGGAUUUUAGUGGAUAGAUUAAGACAUGACCAGGCUAUAAGAGCAUAUGUUUCAUUUAUAAGAUAUUAUUCAAAACAUAGUGCAAGUUCCAUUUUCAGAUUACAAAGUUUUAAUUAUUUAAGUCUUGCUAAAAUGUAUGGUUUGAUUAGAUUACCAAGAAUGCCAGAAUUAACAAAUUAUUUAAAAGAUCAAUUCCCAAAAGAUGGGUAUUUAGAUCCUUCAAUUGAUUUUUCUAAUUAUAAAUACCUGGAUGAAGCAAAAGAAUUAAAAAGAAUUGAAGAAGAAAAAGAACAAGCAAAAAGAGCUAAAAAACAUGAAAAAAAACAUGAAAAGAAUAAAAUUGAUGAAAAUUCUGCAUGGUCCAAGAAAGUUCAAAGAAAAGUAAAUAAAGAAGAACGUAAUGCAGGUAAAGAUAUUAAAAAAAGAGAAUUAGAAUUAGUAUCAAGUGAUGAUGAACAUCAAGAAACUGAUUGGAAAGAUUUAGUUCGACAAUCUAAAAAGGAAAAAAAACAAAAAAAGGAAAUUAUGGGAGAUUUUGAUGAUUUAUGA